GAUACAGUAAACUACUGGGGCUAAUAUGAAAGAGCGGAGAGAACUCGUGAUAAUCUCAAUCUAGAAAAGAAAGAGAGAGAGCGAGAUAGAGAAGUUUACUUAAUAUUAGCAAGUGACAGCUCAGGAUUCACGAUGGAGAUUGUGCAUGUGUACACUAAGAAACGCAGCGAGUUUGGUCGCCAGUGUAACUUCUCGGACCGGCCAGCUGAGCUGCAUGUGGACAUUCUGCCUGACCCGUCUCUCGCUGCCGACUUUAUAGCCCGAGAUCCGUGUGAUGUAGCCAUACAGUUCACACAGGAAAUGUCUGAGCAUGAGGUGAACACAGAGCGCUUUGGUUCUGAGACAUGUGGCAUAAACCAUGUGGAGGGGGGAUGGCCAAAAGAUGUCAAUCCCCAAGAAAUGGAACAGACCAUUCGCUACAGGAAGAAAGUGGAGAAGGAUGAGAACUAUGUGAACACCAUCAUGCAGCUUGGGAGUCACAUGGAGCACUGUAUCAGACAGAACAAUGCCAUUGAUAUCUAUGAGGAGUACUUUGAGGAGGAGGCGGCAGUGGAGGUGAUGGAGGAGCAGCCCUCGGCUAAAACCAUCAAUGUGUUCAGAGACCCGAACGAGGUGAAGCGUACUGCCACCAGUCUGUCAUGGCACCCUGAUGGCGGCCGCAAGCUGGCUGUGGCUUACUCCUCUUUAGAGUUUCAGAAAUUCAGCAAAAACAUGUGUUACGACUCCUAUAUUUGGGACAUUGAGAACCCAAAUAAACCUGAGCUGAGCCUGAAACCUGUCUCUCCGCUCGUCUCUCUGGAGUAUAACCCCAAAGACUCGCAUAUCCUAGUCGGGGGAAGCUACAAUGGGCAAAUUGGAUACUGGGACACACGUAAAGGCAGCCAGCCGGUUGAGAUGUCUGCCAUCGAGCACAGCCAUAGAGACCCGGUGUAUAAGGUCAUCUGGCUGCAGUCAAAGACAGGCACAGAUCUCUUCUCUGCUUCCACUGAUGGUCAGGUGCUGUGGUGGGAUGUUCGGAAGAUGAAUGAGCCCACAGAAAGGCUGGUGCUGGACCCCAGCAAGAAGGGGAAGCUGGAAAAUGCACUGGGAGCCGUCUCACUGGAGUUUGAAACCACAAUGCCCACAAAGUUCAUGGUUGGGACGGAACAGGGGCUGGUGGUCUUGUGCAACCGGAAAGCCAAAACUCCAGGAGAGAAGAUUGUAUGCACGUAUAGUGGUCAUCAUGGGCCUAUAUACGCUCUGCAGAGGAACCCGUUCUUUCCUAAGAACUUCCUGACCGUGGCUGACUGGACCGCCCGUAUCUGGUCUGAGGACGUUAGAGAAUCCUCCAUCAUGUGGACAAAAUAUCACAUGGCCUACCUAUCAGAUGGAUGCUGGAGCCCUGUUAGACCUUCAGUCUUCUUCACGGUCAAAAUGGACGGCACUUUAGAUGUAUGGGACUUCCUGUUCAAGCAGAAUGACCCAACGCUUACUCUUAAAGUGUGUGACGAGGCUCUGUGCAGCAUGCGCGUGCAGGAUAACGGCCGCUUUCUGGCUUGUGGCUCACAGCUGGGCACUGCCACUCUGCUCGAGAUCUCAUCAGGCCUGUGCACACUGCAGAAAAAUGAGAAAGCGCUGUCUACAGCGAUGUUUGAACGUGAGACGAAGCGGGAGAAGAUUCUGGAGGCUCGACACAGAGAGAUCCGUCUGAAAGAGCGCAGUCGUUCCGAGCAGAGCAAGGAAGAAGAAACCAAAGACAGAGAGGGAGAGGAGCGUGCCGAGGACCUGGUGGCUUAUGCAGAGAAGGAGUUCUAUGAGAUGGUGGAGGCAGAAAUUAAGAAAAGGGGAAAAGAGGAGAAAAUAGUGAAGGAGAAAAACAAGGAGAACAGUGAAGAGGAACUGUGAGAAGAAGAGGCACAGCGACUUCGCUUCCUUUCCUCCAAAACAUGGUCAUGGAAAUAAAGAGAGAGACCAACAGUACUCACACACCUUAUCUCUUACUUCAAUCAAUGCUGUAACUGCACGGCUCACACAGUGAUUUAUUUUUCAUCCAAGCAAAGGCUGAUUAAAGAAAAUGUAUUUUGCACAUUAUGUUUUUGUUUUACAUUGUGAGAAAAUGCAUUCAGUCAAAUAGGUGAGUUUGUCAUUUGACAUUUUUGCAUAAAUUGUUUUAAAUUCAA